AUGACAACUAUAUCCACACGAGGUGAAUCCGAACAGUCUGAACACCAUGUCGAGACAAUUCCAAGUUCUCCGAUGGAUGAUGACCAUGGUGAAACUGUCGAGGCAAACAUUACAGGUGAUUGUGAUAAUGCCGAAGGUGAAAUUGCUAUAGUUUCAGGGAAGAAAAGAUCCAUAGUGUGGAACCACUUUGAAAAGAAAAAGAUAAAAGGGGAAGACAAAGCAGUUUGCAAAUAUUGUCAUAAACCAUUAGGAGGAAAAAGCACAAAUGGGACUAAGCAUCUACACGCACACAUGAAAAGAUGUCCUCGACGUAAACAGCAAGACAUAAGACAAUCAAUAAUCACUCCGAGUAAAAAAAGUGACGGAAGAAGUCAGCUUAACACGUACAGUUUUGAUCAAUCGUUCGCUAGGAAGGAACUUGCUUAUAUGAUAAUCAUACACGAGUAUCCGCUUUCCAUCGUUGAAUAUGCCGGAUUUAGACGAUAUUCAAAUGCGCUUCAACUGUUGUUUAAGGUGGUAUCUCGGAGCACAAUUAAAAGGGAUGUCCUUAAAAUCUAUGAUGAAGAAAAAACUAAAACAAUGGAAGUGCUACAAAAACAUCAAGGUAAAAUUGCGUUGACUACUGAUAUGUGGACUAGUAAGCAAAAGAAAGGAUACAUGGUUAUUACGGCUCAUUUCAUCGAUGAGUCGUGGAUCUUGCAAAGCCGAAUUAUCAGGUUUAUGUAUGUGCCAUGUCCGCACACGGCUGAAGUCCUGUCAGCCGCAUUGAUGGAGUGUCUGCUAGACUGGAAUAUCGAUGGUAAAGUAUCCACUCUUACUGUAGAUAAUUGUUCCACUAAUGAUCUUAUGAUCCAACUUCUCCUAGAAAAAUUAUCAAGUAACUUACUGUCGGGUGGAGAUAUUUUUCAUAUGCGUUGUUGUGCACACAUAUUAGCUCUUAUAGUCAAGAAAGGAUUAGAGGGGAUCAAAGGAGCAAUCGAAUUGAUUCGUAAUAGUGUUGCUUACUGGAAAGCAACACCAAAACGAGUUGAGAAAUUUAAUAUUUCGAGUAUAAAUAAGUUAGUUCUUGAUUGUGAGACAAGAUGGAACUCAACAUACCUGAUGAUUAAUACUGCUAUUAAGUAUCAGAAGGUUUUUGCUCGACUAAAGCAACGUGAGCCACAGUAUGAUUGUUUGCCAGAUGAUGAAGAUUGGUUGUUGGCAAAGGAAAUGUGCGACAAACUUAAGAUAUUUUAUACCUUCACAGAGAAGUUUUUCGAAGUAAAAUAUCCUACCACCAACCUUUUCUUUCCAAGUUUUUGUGAUAUUAGAUUGUCAUUAAAUGAGUGGAAAAAAUCUAAAGUUGGUGUGGUUAAGGAAAUGGCAUAUGAAAUGAUAGAGAAGUUUGAAGAGUAUUGGUUUGUGAUCAAUGGAGUAAUGGCCGUAGAAAUUAUGUUAGAUCCAAGGUUUAAGAUGAAAUUGAUUGAGUUUUAUUUUCCACAAAUUUAUGGUCAAGCUUUUUCAAAAAUCGAAAUUGAUCGAGUACGCGAUUUAUGCGUUGAUUUGGCGACGGAGUAUGAACUGAAAGUAAAAUUUGCUGAAACAUCUGUUAGCCAAAAUGAUUUGUCUUUCACUUCAGAGAUGCAUGGUUUUAACGAUGACGUAGAUUCUUUGGAAAAGUUUGAUAUGUUUGUCUCUAAUACUGCUCCUACUAGUACUGUUAAGUCAGAAUUAACCAAUUACUUAUAA